AUGAGUCCGCAAAAGACGAGUCCGGUCUCGGAUGUCCCCACUCCCCGUCCAGUGCCAGUUCCCAUUCGGACCAGUUCUCGUGGGAGUGAAAGUGACCAAGAUGUCGUUGAUCCAGCAGCAUAUGAGGCUCUAUCAAGGUCUUUCACUACUGGUGCUCACUUUUUGCAGCCUGAGUCGUUGGAGAGUGCUAUGCUAAGACCUUCGUCUUACAAGGCUAGCCAUUACCUUCAUCGUGGUGUAGACGAGGAGGACCAGGGAGCUGUGACCGAAGGCGACGACGAGAGUGAGAUUUCGACAGAUUUAGACGACGAGGGGCCUAACGAAGAGACUCCUCUUGUUCGCCACCAAAGCCGUCGUCUUUCUCUUACGGGAAGGUCAACUGCCUCGGCUGACAUUGCGCCCUCGCCAUUUUUAAAUAAUACUUCGCCUACCCGUUUCUGGUUUAUAUUCUCCCAGAUUCUGGCUGCUUAUUUUAUUUCAUGCUUUGAUGGAACUAUUAUGGCCAGCUCCCAUCCCGUUGUGUCAUCUUAUUUCAAUGCAUCCAAUUCUGCUUCAUGGUUCUCCACCGCCUUCCUCCUGACAUCCUCCGCCUUCCAGCCCCUCCUAGGUCGUCUCUCUGAUGCCUUGGGCCGAAAGCCGUUAUUUGUGGGAGCUAUGGGUAUAUUCGCAGCUUCGAUUACUUGGUCUUCUCUCGCUGGUAGUAUCGAGAGCUUCAUUAUUAGCCGAGCCUUUUGUGGAAUCGGUGCUGGAGGUGUGAUGACCCUAGGUUCCAUCAUCGUAUCCGACUUGGUUCCCAUUGAAAAUCGCGGUGCAUACCAGUCAUAUAUUAACAUGAACUAUGGCGUGGGAUCUUCCCUGGGCGCCGCUACUGGAGGUGCCAUUGCAGACUCCCUUGGCUGGAGAUGGGAGUUCGGUAUCCAGGUCCCGCCUCUUCUGAUAUGCAUGAUUGUUGCGUGGAUCGCUAUUCCGGAUGACUUGGGCAUUCAGGGACAGAAAAAGAGUGUGUGGCAAGCUCUCAAGGAGUUUGACUUUCGCGGCUCUUUGCUUUUGACUACAGCAAUCACAUCUGUAAUUUUGGGCUUGACUCUUGGGGGCAACGUUAUGCCAUGGUCACAUCCCAUUGUCAUCGCGAGUCUUGUUCUCUUCGCCAUUACGUUCCCUUUAUUUAUCUGGGUUGAGUCGUGGGUUCAUAAACCCAUUAUGCCUCUGCAUCUUCUUUACCAGGCUCCCAGAGCCAACCUCGUUGCCUCGAACGCAAUUGCUGCUCUCAUUGCAAAUUCUAUCCUAUUUAACAUACCUCUGUAUUUUCAAGCAGUUCUUCUCACUACUGCCACAUCCUCUGGACUACGACUUAUCAUACCAACCAUUGCUGCCUCUGCGACAGGCACGUUCACAGGGUUUGCUGUCACGUAUACAGGAAGGUUGAAAUGGCCUGUUCAAAUCGGCACCAUUUGCACCCUUGUCGGCACCGUUGGCCUUGCAUCACUUCAACGCGACUUGCCCUCGUGGGUCUACCUCUUCAUUCUGAUGCCCUCAUCGAUCGGCCAAGGCUUUCAAUUUCCUGGAACAUUCAUGGCCAUCCUUGCGGCAUCUGAUCAAUCUGAACAAGCCGUCGUAACAAGCACCCUCAUGCUUUGGCGCAGCCUAGGUCAAGUUUUGGGUGUGGCGAGUAGCUCGCUUGUUGUUCAGAAUGCGCUACUUCAUUACUUGAGACAGUUCGUGACAGGCGAAGACCGUGACGAGGUUAUCCGCCGGGUAAGAGAAUCGGUCGAGGAGAUCAUCAAGCUUGAGCCCAAGUACCGUGAACAGGUCAUCCUGAGCUACGAAGCCGCCCUGCGACUCACGUUCAUCUGCUGCAUCGUUGUGGCGUUGGCGUCUGCCCUGAUUGUCAUACCCAUAAAGCUGCCGAGACUGGGGGGAGCCAACUUUUCUGCUAUGCACUAG